AUGGGAUAUAUGGUGGAUUCUCCAUCAGCCCAGGUUUUUAUGAACUCACAAAUGAGAAUACAACAGAGAAUUGGAGGACCAUCAAUGUACCUAGAGUUUUUGUUGAGUUUUUAUGAACUCACAAAUGAUAAUACAACAGAGAAUUGGAGGACCAUCAAUGUUAUACAGAGAUUCAAUAUUUAUCAAGAGAUCUUUCUUGCAUUCAUAUACAGAAUAUUACCAUUCAUUCAGAGUAAUUAUCUACCCAUCUUUUUCUACAUCAAGUCUGUAUUUGCUCUCCAUGGAGUUUAUUUUACCACUAUCUUUGCCAUGGCAUGGCUUCUCAGUAACUCGUGGCUCUCUGGGCUGCUUGCGUGUACGUUCUUCAUUGCUAACAAGGCAAAUGCAACCAGAAUUGACUACACCAUACCUCUAAGAGAAAGCUUUGCUUUGCCAUUCCUCUACAUGCAGAUGACCAUUAUUACCUACUACCUGAGGCCGACAGUCAUUCACAGACAGAGAUUAUGCCUUGCCUUGAUUGCUGCUACCACGUUUCUGUUUGUGUUGACAUGGCAGUUUGCUCAAUUCAUCCUCCUUCUACAAGCCAUGGCUCUGUACCUAGGCACUAUCACUGGUGUAAUUCCCAUUAAGAAGGUCAAAUACAUCUUCAGUAUCUGUGUUGGAUCCAUCCUAGCUGUGUUCAUCUUGCAGUUCUUCAAUAAGAUGUUACUUGGUUCUCUCGCACUCAGUUUUGUGAUUGUAGCACUCCUAGACUUCAGGUUACAGGAUGGGAGACCAGCGGUAACAAGCAUCUCAGGACAACUUGUCAAAUUACUGGGAAGACUCAGCUUUACAUUCGUAGGAAUGUUCAUACUAAACUUUACAAUUAAGAUCUUAAUUGGACUAGAUGCAGAUCAGCAUAUUUUUAAGUUCAUCACUGCCAAAUUUGGACUUGCCAGUGCAAGAGAUUUUGAUGUUUUGCUCUACAAGUGUCAUAGUGCCUUUGCCUUCUUGCCGAUCCAAGUCAUAAGAAACAUGAUGUCGACCCUCCUCUUUCCCCUCUACAUGGCCGUAGUCUUUGGCCUGCUCUCCGUUCUCAUCCUGGCGGUUAUUCAGAACUGGAACCUUGAAUCCAGGAUAUCUGCUGGCAAGAAAGAUGACGACAUCCACCAACCUGCCUCCUCCUCCUCCCCUUCUCCCGAUCCUUCAUCCGAUAGUACAAUCCUAUGCAGACCGGACCUAGCCUACCACACCCUCCAGACGAUCCCCUUCGGUCUCAUGGCCUUGUUGGUGGUCCGCAUGAAGUUCGUUUGGACCCCGCAGAUGUGCGUCCUGGCGGCGUUUGGUAUCGGCAAUGCAUCGCUAUGGAGAUGGUUGCUAGGGAAGGUGGGAUGCAAGUCGGAAACAAUGGUUCAAUGUGUACGUCAUGGGGUUGGAGUAGCUAUCAUUGCAGUGGCCUUCUAUUUGUGUUAUCCAGAGAUGUCUGCAGAACUGAACAAUCUCAGGGAAUUCUAUGAUCCAGACACAGUAGAGCUUAUGAACUGGAUAAGUCAGCAGACACCCAAGACAGCUGUAUUCAGUGGUAGCAUGCAGCUUCUAGCAGGAGUUAAACUGUGUACAGGAAGAAGAUUGACAAAUCACCCACAUUAUGAGGACAAACAGCUUAGAGAUAAAACAUUAGAGCUGUAUCAGUAUUAUGCCAGACGGAGUGCCAAAGACGUGUACAACAUCCACAGAGCAACGGGGACAGAUUACAUCAUCCUUGAAGACAGUAUCUGCUAUGCAAGAUCUUCAGAAGUCGGGUGCAGGCUUCCUGAUAUACUGGAUAUCAUGAAUGGACAUCUUUACCCCGAGGCCAACCCAGCCCUGGAACCAGACCUGAAGGUGGUCCAGACCAGGCGCUUCUGCGACGCCGUCCAGAGCGGGGCCCAGGACGUCGUCAGGUUCUUCAAGAUGGUCUUCCAGAACAGGACCUUCAGAGUCUACCAGCUCGUCCCACAAAGUCAAGGGGGCUGAUAUGCAGAUCCCGCUUUCAAAGCGGUUUUCCUACAUUCAAGAAUAAUUACUCAAGAAGUACAUGUAGUAUAAACAUGGCCCAGGGGAAAGAAAGUCGUCGGUUCCUGAGAGGAGUCAUACAGUUUGAAACAUCACCAGGGGCCUGUAACACAAAACUAAGCAAUCACCGUGGAACAUCUUUUCACGAUCAAUUGCUAACCUUUGUGUUACGGGACCCAGCUCAUCUAGCACAGGGUAAAGUUGGCUAAAUACCUUGGCCCUGUCUUACCAAGAGUUGUGAUUGAUCCGAUCAAUCGCAACUAUGGAAAGCUAGCAAAGUCAACAUAUAAAAUGCAUGUUUGUUC